UGCGUUUGUAUAUCCUUGUUUAUAACCUUAAAAUACACCUAAUUCAAAUUAAAGUUUAUUUUUACUUAAAUAAUUUUGAAGUAAAACUCAUUUUCUUAUAUUCUUUAUCAAUAAUAUUUUUGAUUUAUUAAUCAUGGGUCGUAAGAUACCAGGAAGAAAGCACAGAGGAGUUAGAGAUAUUUUAGAACAAAAUGCAAAGAAGGAGAAAAGUCUUGAAAAUAAAGUGAAUGCGCCUCCUCAGGAUCCUGAUGACCAAGCUAUUCCUAAAAGUCUAGCUCGCAUAAUCGAAUUGAAAGAGAAAUUCAAAGCUAGUAAUCUCAAAAAUAAGAAACUCAACAUCAAAAAAGAAAAAGAAACUAAGUCUAUUAUUAAAAAGCCUCUGGGCAAGCCUGAGAAAGUAGUACCAGAAUUUAAAAGAAAAUUGGGUGAAAGCAAUAAAAGGUUUCUAAGCCGUGUAAAUUCAAUGGUUCAUGAAUAUCUAAACGCACAUAAAUUUGAACAGAAAUAUAAAGUUGAUAUUAUAAGAGAUAAAAGUGGAGAGGUAUUAGGAUUGGAGAAAAAACCUAAAGAUGAAAUAGAUGAAUUAUUAAAGAAGUCAAAAAAAGUAAAAAAAGGUAAAAAAGCAAAUGAAGAGGAUAAUAUACCAAAACUAACAAAAUCACAAAAAAGGAGAGAAAAGCUGAAAGCAAAGAAAUUGAAAAAACAACAGGAUAAAGAUUUUCUUGAUUUCAAUAGUUUUAAGGAUGAAGUGAAAUUUGGAGAAGUUGCUGAUGCUCCACCAACUUUGACAAAGUUCCCAAAAAAUAUAAACAAGAUUAAUGCUAACAAAAAUUCAACACAAGCGGAUAUAAAGUUUAAAUCUUCCAAUACCGUGAAACGUAAAAAACUUUCGGCGCCUGUGCAAAAAAUGCUUGAAGAAGAGCGAAAUGCAGCAAUAGAGGCAUAUAAAAAUUUGCAACAUAGGAGAAAAUGAAAUAUAGUUAUACCGUUUCAUGAUAAUAGGUAUUUGUUAUUUUAUUGCAUAUAUAUGACACAAU